GUUAACCUUUCAAUACAAGUCAAAACUUUAAUAAAUUUCGAAAAGUAUAAAAUUGUGUACUGGAACAUGUUAAAGAAGAACUUUUCAAAAUUUGUGUUCAACUACCCGUUCGCUGUAGCUUUUGACAAUAAAACUGAAAUUGGACUGGAUGUGCCUGUGGCCCGACCCUUUGACGUCUUGCAGAUUUUAACCAGAAAUGCCCCGUUUUGAGGUGACCCUGCGCCAAGGGGCAGCCUUUGUGGCGCUGUACGUGUUGCUGUUGGCCGCUCUAGUCCGUCCGCAGAUGAACUUCAACAUCUUCGUGGACACGUUCUUCCUGGGUGUGAAGUACUCGGCGGUGAUGGUUCUGAGCUACCGCUUCGACACCUUCAUGGCCGUGGCCGCCGCUCCACUCAGUGCGGCUACGGUUUAUGCCCUUUCCAAGUGGAACGAGCCACGCGAGAAUCCAUCCGCCCAGAAACUGGUCAUCAUGGGCGUGGUAUCCGCCUAUAUCCUGGUGCUGGUGGCCAAUUUCCUGGCCAACGGCAUAGUGAUCCAGCAGGCCCUCAUCCGCUUCGACCAGUGUCCGUAUAGGGCGUGGUACAUGUACGGCGAGAUGGCGAUGUCCUUCGUCAAGUCCAUGGCGACAGACGUUCAGGAAAUGAUCACCCGGCAACACCAUCGUCGUCCUCGGCUGAUAUAUCGAAUUCAUUAGCAAGGCACCCAUUGUCAACGCCCAAAAUUAAUUUGUUCCUAGGCUGGACAUUAUCGCACAAAUGUAUUAAAGAGUUUGUAAAUGUUA